UGUGUAUCCACCUAAAUAAGUUAAUUUAAACGGAUAUACACGUACGAUUUUUCGGAAAUUCCAAAAAAUCGUUUAUGUCUGCAUUAGUGUACAAAAAUAAGAUCAUAAUAUAUUUUUGCUAAUUUAUUUCGUUUCUGUAAAAGUUCUCGAUUCUGUAAAAGUUGAUCGGUUGUUGUCGAUACGGUGUGUACCUACAGAUCGAACGCGUGGAGAAUCGGUUACGAUACCGUUUCAUCUUUUCGAUAUCUUCUUUUGAUUAUUUUCCACGAAAUAUUUCCCCCAAAAAAAUCAAAGUGUGUUCCAUGCAAUUACGAUAUUACUAAACGAAGUUAUACUUAUGUAAACUGAAAUAGAUAUUAUGAUAGUUAAAAUCACUCUAUGAGUUAUCGUAUCUUUUAUACGUAAAUAACUUGAACGUUGCUUUUAUUUUCGAAAUUUUAUAAUAGAUUUUUGAUUGUAUUGUACAAUUUAUCUUAUUUUUUCAUUACUACUUUUCAUUUAUUUUAUGGCUAUUGAACUUUGUACACCAAAGAUGUAGGUGCGAAUAGUGUAACCUUAAUUUGUGAAAGUUAUUGAAUUUUAACAAACUGUACUCAAUUAUAUAGAAUACUUAUGGUUUUUAAUAUGUAUUGAUAUAAAAAAUUAUUAUUACCUGUGAUUGGUACAUUAUUAAUGCAAAGUGUAGGUCAUGCAGAUCAUCUGCAGAGUAAUGUAAUGAAUAGCUGUGGGAACUCUAAUAUUAGCACAAAGCUACGUGGAUCCAAGUGUUCGGAGAUACAGGAAGAAUCUGUUAGUAAUAAUCGAGCUAGUGUGCUGGAGAAAGGCGAUGUCAGUGUUUUAAGUGGAUAUAAUUCAAAUGAUUUCAAUACUCCAAGAGGCACUUUGGUCAUUUGUCCAAGAAGUACAAACAACUAUUCAUCUGAUCAUAGUUUCACUAGAUUUAAACCAAGAAUUAGUGGUGCUCCACGCAAUGAAUUCCGAAUGGCUCGGGGAGGUAGCUCUGGAGAUCGUGCCAGAGGUGCUUUGCGGGGUAGGGCCUUCAAAAAAACACCAUCUAUUGAACGUGAUUCCAAUACAGAAACUAGCUACUAUCCUACAGCUAGAUCAAAAUUUCAAGAAUCGCUGAAAAAUCAAGAAAAUGUCCAAGGAAAAUAUUAUGAUGACAAAAGAAUAAAUGAAGAUUCUAGAAUUUCUAAACUUUUAAGAAGAUUGUGCCGGGAAGAUGAUUAUGAUCAUUUUAUGGUAUUAUGCAAACAAGCACAGGAAGGUAUAAUAGCGUUUGAAAAUCAAAGAUAUAUAAGACGAAAUUUGGAUGUUAUCUGUGAAAGCCUAUUAGAUGUAUUACAUACUGGUCUUGGGCCAGAAGCAAAACAACAAGUUGCAAAAUGUCUAGGACGUGUUGGAUAUGCAACUGAACAAGAUUUUAAACGAUACAUGGACUGGGUCUUUAAUAAAUAUUCAUUGGAACGGAAAGAUGAUAUAAAGUGCCUUUUAAUUAAAUCAUUUGUUGAAGCUUUUAAAUUGGAUGCAGAGGCACCAAGGCUAAAAGAAUUUUCAGUGCUAAUGAUGUCACAAUUACAAUCAACGCUGGAAAAUGUUGAUCGAUCCGAUCUAUUGGUAGCAACAGUGGAUGCUAUAUUACUAAUAAUGGAGUCUUACCCUGAAACAUUUUCAAAUCAUUUCCGUGAUACAGUUGAUAUAUUAGUUGGUUGGCAUAUCGAUUCGACACAACAAAAGACAAUUGCAGCUUACGCCAGUCGCAGUUUGCAAAGAUUACGAACUUUCUGGAUAGCAGAUCUACAAUUUACUUUAACUUUAUUAGGACAAUUUUUAGAAGAUAUGGAAAGCUAUGAUGAAGAAUUAUCUGUACCGGAGUGUGGCAGAAGUUCUCCCGGAGAUGAAGCAUCUCCCACACCUAGAGAAUGUAUUCGACGCAUUACGUCUUUAAUUUCAGUGUUUAAUACAGUUACGAAAAGUAUAUCUGAGCAUUUGAAUCCUAAUCUUACGCCAAAUGUGCAAUGGUCAUUUUUGUCUGAUUGCUUAUCAAAAAUGUUGAAAACAGUCGUCAAAGCGAUCGAAUUAGACGACGAUGAGAUCUGGCUUUCAAAUUUUACUAUUACACCUGAGAUAGCCAAUGAAUUAUUAAAAUACGUUAAAAAUAUAGACAUUGCACCAUCAAAAAAUUCCAAUAAAUCGGAACUAUUCGAAGAGGAUAUUAAUGUGUUUAAAUCUUUGAAUUUGAAUAAAAAUGAACUGAAGAAUUUAAAGCAGGACAUUGAAAAAAAUGCUUCAAUGAAAGAAAAAGAAACAUUGUUAAAGAUAAUACGACGGAUGGAACUAAAAGCCAAGAAAGAUGUAGAUUUAACAGAAGAAAAGGAAGAGCUAAUAAUUGUUGCAAACGAAUGCGCAUUUUUAUUGUUAGGUCAUCUUCAAAGUCGCAUCACAAAAAAUCAUGACCUACUUUAUAAAUUUAUUGAUCUUCAAUUGAAAAGGAUCAACAUCUUCUGGGAUGAUACAAUAAUUUCCAUGUUAAAUACUAUUUCAAAAAUAAUAAAAGAAGUGUCUGCAAAUUUGCCUCUGGAACUAGUACAUAAAUUGCUUGGGAAAGAUUCUGCAUUACUCAAAUUGAGAUUCCGUGAUUCGAUUUCUAUCCAAAACGCCAGUCUCGGUGUAUAUCAUAGUCUCCUUAGUCUAAAAAAUAUUCCAUUAUUGCAGGAAUCAUACCGCUACAUAUUGUCGGAUUUGGAAAUUGCUUAUAAACUUAUCUUAACAGAUAUUGAAAGUUUAGUGACAGAUAAUCCAUUACUUGAUGGCAUCAAAUACAAAAAGAAUGACGCAGAAAUUGUAGUCACCUUUUUAUUAAGAGCUCUUUCUGAUAUAGCAAACGCGAGUAAUUCUAUCAUUGGUAUGUGGGCAUUAAAGCCAAGCAUUUUAGAACUGUUGGCAGUCAAGCUAAAACCUUACGAUAACAGUUUAUCAUCAACUAGUCCGUUUUUGCAAUAUAGCAUUUUGUAUUUGCUGUACGCGCAUUGUUCUAGAUAUAAUCAUUUUGUGCCAAGUUCAAGCUUAAUAACUGGUACUAUUGCUUGUCGUCCAAUAGAUAUGUUCCCAGGAGCAUUGGAUGUUCCAACAACAUCACCUACUAGCGGUCAUCUCUCUAUAAUUCUAAACUUAAUAGCUAAAAGUUAUAAUGAAUGUACGCCAGAGCAAACAUUAUUGCUUUUAUCAACAUGGAUGCAAGAAAUUUGUAUACAAGCAGAAAAUUACAUUGGCAUUUUAAGUAAAACAAAGGAAUAUGAGAAUGUUCUUACAAGUCUUGUUACUUGUGGAGCUACUAUCGAUCGAGAUAUUUCUAUUGCCGUUUGCAAUCUCUUUGAAAUUUUAAUGAGCGCGAAGAAUGUUACUUGGAAAGAAGAAAUGUAUGCCUGCAUUGUGGAUCUGGUGAUGUUACAUUUAACUUCGCGAGAUGAAAUCAUACGAGACAAGUAUGGUUCGCUAUUGACGCAGAUACCUUUAAAUAUAGUGAUACCAAAACUCAACAGAGAAUGCUUAUUGUCAGAAACAAAGAAAUAUCAAGGAAUUAAAAAUUACUCGACCGAAUCUUUAAUUCUUGCUCAAAGAUUACACAUGCGGGGAACCAAUACUGGAGAGAUGCAAGCACAACACUUCAGAACUUAUAUGGCUUUUUUGUUACAAGAACAAUAUCUAGAUGCAUCUGGGUUAUCAGAAAUAUUUACCUUAUGUUGGCCAAUUGUAUCUGAAAGCGAGACCACUAAGAAAAUGUAUCGUUUAGCGCUAAUAAAUAGAUCUUUCUUGUACUUUUGGGCUGGUUUUGAAGCAGCUCAACAUUGUGUGACGAAUAAACUUCGUACUUCAUUAGGAAAGCCUCAAGAAACGUUUACGUCAAUCGAAAGCGCUCUGAAAACAUUAGCACGUGAGAUAUCAUACAGUUCUGAAACAACAAAGAAAGAGAAACGAGGCUUAGAUCAUCUAUUGAGCGAACAUACUCGCGUACGAUUAUUCAUUGAAUUUCUUGAACAUCUUGAGAGAGUAAUACAUAAUGCGGCGGAAGGUUGCGCCAUCGCGCUGUUACCAUUGUCGAAACCAGUCAGAACAUUCUUUCAUACGAAUAAAUCGACUUGCAAAGAAUGGUUGAAUCGUAUUCGAUUGGCAUUGUGCGUGGUGUCAUUACAUUCUGGAUUAGCUAGUAGUGCUUUGAGAAAUAGUCAGAGAUUAUUGGAGGAUUUAAGUAACAGCGAUAACACACAAGGUAUCGAAUUUGAGAGGGCAACACUCUGUACGGCACAAGCUAUGGUAAUGCUGGGGGAAGCAGAAGCGUUACAGGGACUUUACGUUUAUACCAAGGAGAAAGAUCGAAAAUUCCCGUGGUUAAAAGCUGCCAUGGAAGAAACUGCAAAUCGUUACGAAUCAGCUGCCGAAGCGUAUAAGUUGAUUAUCGAAGAGCAUGUACGAGUUGCGAACAAUCGACUUGGAAAAGAUGUGGACCAGGAUGAGGAAGUGGAAGAUAUAGCCGAUGGUAACAAUGUUGAAGGCACUAGUGGGAAUGAAGAAGUUUCUGAUGGGAAAAGCAAGUCUCUUAAAGCCGAAGGAGACAAUCAAGUACUUGGCUUUUGCAUGCAACGAUUAUCUCAUUGUUACGAAGCCGUUAGUGACUGGACCCGCUUGGAAGCUUGGAAACAACAAGAGGCUGAAAUUUUUGCCCGAGAUAAGAAUGCCAUUCUCAGGAAACAAUUAUUUACGGAAAACAACGUUUCUCAACAAGCGAAAUGUUUGAAAAAAUUCGAAGAUGGUGAAAAUAUAUGUUUAGAUGAUCUAACCGAUUGGAACUUAUUGGAUGGAGGAAUUGAUAAAACCGCAAAUUGGAAUUGUGCGAAAACGCUGGUUGAAUGCGGCAAUACUUUGACUAACAUUGCGCUUAAGAUACACAUAAAUGAAUAUAAAGAUUACUUUGAGGAAGAAAUUGAACGGUGUCGGAAAGUGGCAGCUAAAAUUAUGGAGGAAGGCCUAAGAAACGUGCCUUCCGAAUAUCUAAAUGAAUCUAUAUUGGUACGAUUUUCGGCAGAUGGAUUGAAAAAUAUGCUUUCCGGUAAAGAAGAAAAUAUAUUUGAAUUAUAUAAAAGCGAAAAACUUGAUCACAUGGACUCGAACGUAUUGACACGAACUUUAUGGUGGUCGGAAUAUUUUGGCAGAGCGAGGAAGAAUAAUAAUCCUGAAACGCGAUUGGAUAACAGCGAUGUAGCUGAUUUAAGAUUGCAUAUUGUUCGAAUUGCUAGAAAGGAAGGUAACUUCGAGUUGGCGAAACGGGAGUUACUUAAUUAUUUGAGAUCCGAACGGGAGCUCUGUCAAUUUGAAGGAGGCGAACGAAAUUACAUUAAUCCCGAUUUCGACCAAGCAACUGACGAUGUACUGAAAAACGUGAUGCACGUAAAAUGGUCAAAGAAUAAUAUACGCGCUUUCCGUGAAUUUUCAAAAUUAUUGUACGAUAUGGAACGAGUCAAUAAAGCGUUAAAAGUAUGUAGCGCAACUGCACUUGGAAUAUCACGAACUAUCGUCGACGGAGAGCAGUCAGCUGAUUUACGUGAAAACGGUACAAUUUUACUUUUAACCCUUGGCAAGUGGAUACAGCAAGAAGUGGGCAGCAUCGAAAACGGCCAGUUGGAGCAGUUGCUUGAAUUCGAAGCUACUCAUAACGAUGGCUUGAUGAAUAAGCUAUUCGGACCCACUACAAGUUCCAUACCUGUUUCGGAUAUGAUAAUUGGCAGAUUGACGCAACUAGGUGUAAACCAAUGUCCCGAUUUGCCGCUUGCGUGGUGCAGUUUCGCGAGUUGGUGUUACAAAUGGGGAAGAAAGAUCGUGGAUAAUUCAAAUUCAGGUCAGUUGACCGACGCGGAUAGAGCAACCAUAAGAGAAUUAUUACCAUUCGAUACAAGUGAAUCGGACUUGAAUGUAAUUUUCUCAAUCUUGUCUCAAAGCAAAACAAUUCCUGAAGACGAGGGCGAGAUAACGGACACUUCCAACGACGUUAAUACUUCAGACAUGAUAGAGAAUCAACUACGUAGUGUUCCGAUACUAAGUCGUAUUAGUGCCGAUCGUCUCGUAACAUUGGUCGAUAUAUGGAGGCAGGCACAGAAGAGAAUUUAUUCGUACUACGAACUUUCUGCGAAUGCGUAUUUCAAGUACCUGCAGCUUGCCGCAAUUAAAGAGGCCAACGAUUGUGCUACUAUCACAGCUACACUCAGAUUGCUACGAUUAGUUGUGAAACACGCUCUUGAAUUACAGAACGUUCUGGAGUCUGGACUUUCCUCAACUCCUACUGCUCCAUGGAAAGAAAUAAUACCCCAAUUGUUCUCCAGGCUCAGUCAUCCCGAAUCUUACGUACGCACUCGAGUAUCCGAAUUACUGUGCAGAGUUGCGGAGAAUUCGCCACAUUUGAUUACAUUCCCAGCGGUGGUUGGAGCGGUUUCUGGCCAGAAAAAGAAUUGCGACAAAGUUCUUUAUGAGAAAACGGAAACUGAUUCUCAAAACGAUUUAGAUUUUAUAGAAGAAGAAGAGGAAAUGGGUGCCGAGAAUUCUGCCUAUCAAGACGAACAAGAGAAAUUUAUGGAUUGUUGUUUCUCACAGCUGGUAGAUUGUUUGUCAAACAGGAUUCAAGAUUCCAUUGAACAAGUGAAAAUACUUGUCAAGGAAUUGCGCCGGAUUACGUUAUUAUGGGACGAGCUGUGGUUAGCAACGCUGUGCCAACAUCACACCGAAAUUUCUAAACGAUUCGAACAACUGGAAAUGGAAGUACAGAAAGUGCAAGAUAAUUCUUGGCUGAGCGCUGAGGAAAAGGAUAAGUUAAUUGCAGAAAAGCACAGAAUCAUAUUGAAACCAAUAGUUUUUAUACUAGAAAACCUUUCGGCUAUGACUUCUGUCCCAGCUGAGACACCGCAUGAAAAAAGUUUUCAGGAGAAGUUUGGUCCUUCGAUAGAAGAAGCGAUCAGUAAAUUAAACAAUCCGAAAAAUCCGGCGAAACCACAGAUUGCGAGUAUAUGUUUAAAACAACUUGAAGGGAAAUUAGCUCAGCGUGUACAUAGACGAGCUGCAUAUUCUCUUUCUAUGAAUGAUAUCAGUCCAGUGUUAGCCAAUUUGAGAAACACGUGUAUUGCUAUGCCAGGUGUUGCCGCAAAUGAUAACAAAAUUGUUACCAUAGAAUCUGUAGAUAAUAACGUUCAAAUAUUACCAACCAAAACGAAACCGAAAAAGCUCAUGUUCCACGGUUCUGAUGGACAUAUAUACACGUAUCUAUUUAAAGGUCUGGAAGAUCUUCAUUUAGAUGAAAGAAUCAUGCAAUUCUUAAAUAUAUGCAAUACUAUGAUGUCAAAAAAAGGCGAUUCGAAGAAAGUAUAUAGGGCGCGCCAUUAUUCAGUUAUACCACUGGGCCCUCGAUCUGGAUUAAUACAAUGGGUCGAUGGCGUGACACCUUUAUUUGUUUUGUACAAAAGGUGGCAACAGAGGGAGAGCGCAAUGCUUAAUAAAACUGGUAGUUCUGCGGUAUUGAGACCGUCCGAACUAUUUUACAAUAAAUUAACUCCGCUUCUGAAAGAGCGGGGAAUCGGUCUGGAAAAUCGAAAAGAAUGGCCUGUUCAAGUUUUGAAACAAGUUCUAGCUGAAUUAAUGGCCGAAACUCCCAAGGAUCUGCUGGCAAAAGAGAUUUGGUGUAAUAGUAUAAACGUUGGAAGUUGGUGGCAAGCAACCAAAAAUUACUCCUACUCAGUGGCCGUAAUGUCAAUUAUCGGAUAUAUCAUUGGUCUCGGUGAUAGACAUUUGGAUAAUGUAUUAGUUGAUCUCAAUACGGGCGAGGUUGUUCACAUCGAUUAUAAUGUUUGCUUCGAGAAAGGCAAGACCUUGCGUGUCCCAGAGAAGGUACCGUUUAGAAUGACUCCAAAUAUUAGAACAGCUCUAGGAGUGACUGGAGUCGAGGGUAUAUUUCGUUUGGCUUGUGAACAUACGCUUCGAGUGAUGCGUCGAGGGCGAGAAACUUUGCUGACUUUGCUCGAAGCGUUUAUAUACGAUCCAUUAGUCGAUUGGCGAGCUGGUGCAGAUAACAGCAUUGCAAGUUACGGAGCCUGUCAAGCUAGAGCACGAUGUACAGGAAUUGGAAGAAAACAAUUGGAACAAGAAUUAACACGAGCUAUGUUCGCCGUUCGAACAGCAGAAAUGCGUGCCGAAUGGUUAGCAAAUAGAGACGAGUUGGUAAAGAUAUUUCCAUCACUGUGUCAUCAUUUGAAUUGUUGGGUGGAGGCAACAGAAAUCAUGCGUCAAUGUCAAGACUUGUUACAAGACAGACACCAACAGCUUGCUCUAGUUAAGGAAGCACAAGCAAUGGGUCGUAAUCAUCCACUAUACUCCGUAAUAAAGCGUUACAAUUCUUUUAAAAGAGCACGCGACGCUCACGAGAAAGCAAAAACUGGAUUGAAAGAAAAGAUUGACGAUUGUGAAAAGCAGAUUAAUAUGCAUAACCUGGCUCUUUCAGCCGUACGAGGUCCGCAAUUAGGACAAUGGUUAACAGAAUUAGGGACAUCUACGAAUCAAGAGGACCAUGUAGUUUUUGAUCUUGUUAAAGAAUUCUUACAGAAUGCUGGCCAAAGUCAAAUGAUACUUCAGUGUGAGCAAUCAGAGAAUGAAUUAACACAAUUGGCUACACAGCAAUCUAUUUUAAUACGAAAUUGUUUGGAUCUAUUGAGUCAGUAUUCGGCAAUUUGCAGUCUAUAUCCAUUAAGUAACAUGUCACAACAUCGUACCGUACUUUAUCACGGUUGGGCUAACAAACUUUUAAACACUGGAUGUGUUGAAACGUGUCGCGAAGUUAUGAUGCAAUUUGAGAAUACUUUUGAUCCAAUUAAAAGUUCCAACAAUCAGCAAGUUCAACAAAUAAUAGCGUUCUCUUAUCAAAUGCAAGCAAUUCUAAACGAUGCAAAUGAAAAAUUAAAGAAAGCAUAUGAGAGAAUGGUAUCAGAGGGAUUGCCAGAAUCAAUCACUAGAAUAGAAAAAGCAUAUGGAGAAUCAAGAGUGCAGAUACAGAGUUUCCUAAGACGAGAAAAAGGAGCAGAAAGAGCACUUGAGUGUGUUAAUAUAACUGCACUCUGUGCUUUAAAUAAGAGAUAUUUAAUGAUGGAAGGUGCUGCUAAAUGUGCAGGAGAUUGUCUAGUUGAUCUUACGUCCAGAGAAGGAGAUUGGUUCUUAGAUGAAAUGCGUUUAAUGUCAUCUUUAAUUGCCGAGCUAGUUAGCUUGAUACCUGAAUGCCAUAAAACUAACAAUGAUCCCAAGAUAUCUCUCAUAUUAAAAUGUUUGAGAGGAUCCGAUUGUAUCUAUAAGGGAUUGCAGGAACUUAAUUACAAUUUUCAUACGAUCAUUUUACCUGAAGCAAUGAAAACAAUUAUAACGGAAGAGCCAACUGUGAUUAGAAUGAUAGGAGAGUUAACAGAAAUAAUUGUAUCAUCCGGCAUACCACUUGGUGAAAUUUUAGGACAACUGGAAAUGCAUCUGAGAUUUACUGUCAUGGAAAUGGAAAGUCCUCAUGCAAUGAUACAAAAUGUCGUAAAUAACAUGAGGCUGAGAUUCGAAGCAAUGUUAUCUCGACCUGCUGAAAUUCAAGAACCGAAUCAAGAUGAGACAUUGACGCCUGGUCAAAUGCUUUUAAUGGGUUUCAAUGGCUUGUUUGAAAAGCUUCAGAUGGAAGGUAACGCGUUAAUCGCUACUUUGAGUACGCUGGAUAUUCCUCCAUCCUGGAGAAAAAUUGAUCAGAUUCGAGAAGCAAAGGAAAUGUCUGCGCCAAUAUUCAACAAAACAGCUUGUCAGGUGUUAGAGGAUAUAUUUUUGGUUAAACGUUUGCAUACCAUACAGGAAUUUUUCAUGAUGUGCAGAGAUAUUGCAACUGCGUUUAAAGGCGGUUUAGCAAAUAUUUACGAUGACGAAAGACUAAAUAAACCAAUAAGAAUCUUUACAGCGGAUUAUGUAUCACGACAAUUGCUCGGCGUUACUUCUCAAACACUAGCCAUCGCACUCUGUUUCUUAUUACAAAGAAUGGGUUUGAGCGUUACUACCGAGAUCGAGCAGAGAGAUAUCGGAGCUGAAAGUAAAGUUUCAAUAGAAGAAUUAUGUAGAAAGGUCGUCGAUUUGUGUUUGAAAAGAGGUCUCUUUUCUGGGUCUGUUCUUGCUCAAGCUAGUGCGCUCAGUAGCACUCUCGAAAGUGCUUGGAGAAGAAAACAAAGUGCUAGAUUUGCUCAACAAUGUGUAGAAGUAGCUAGGGCUAGCAUGCAGAGACUUCAGCUACAGCUAACAGCUCAUCAUUGGUUGCACGAAGAUAGUUUACUGAUGAGAUCAAAUGUUAAUUUAAUGAAUCCUUUGAAUCGUUCUGGAUUUAUGUUAGAACUUCGUAAAACAGCUACAACACUGUCUGCUUUGCAGUCUCGAGUAUGCGAGGCACGAGACCAGCAACAAAAUCUUGUUUCUAGUGCAGUGCAACGAUUGAAGUGGGCUGCUGGAGCAAAUCCAGCUCUUGGAGAAGUUAUGUCUGCAUUUGAUAACGCGGUGCUCUUGUCUUGCGAAAAAUUAACUCGACAACAUAAUCUUGCGUCUAGUGUUAUCAAUACUUGCAAUUCUAUAUUACAUUAUGAGGCUUUAAGAACUAGAACAUCUGAAAGUGUGACACACGAUGCGAAUUUCGUUAAACUAAUCAAGCAUUGGGAAGAGAGCUGCAUUUUAACAAUGAAUCUAAACAUAACAGUGACCGCAAUUGAAGAGAGUCUAGUAGAAUUGUUACAUAUGGAAAGCAACGUUGAUAUAAACUGGCUAAAGCAGGCCGAAAGGUUCAUUUCCGAGGCAAUACUUGAUGUUCAAAAGAAAUUGCAAGAAAAACAGGAAGGUCUGCUCUCAGCUCAGGAACGUUUGAGGGAACAAGUAUCAAACCUGCAAAGUGUACUGACCGAACAUCAUAGACUAAUGUCAGACGUUCGGAUAUUGUUACGAACUAUGGUAAAACAAGAGAAUAUUGACGGCUUACAAGAAUUUCUUUCUUCGUACCGGUCUUUUACUGAAAGCAUAUCGGCUAUCGUAAAGGAACUUGAAUCUGAAAAUUUAGAUGUAAAUAGAGGGAGAACGAUUAAAGAAGAAUUGGAGAAUAUGACAACUAUAGUACCAAAUUUGUACAACGAGUUAUUAGAGUUCGCCAAUGAAAGGAAAAUAAACUCAAUGAAAAUGUCUGAGAAACAAAAGGAUAUAGAUAAAGAAAAAGAAAGAGAGGGCGAAACUGAAAUUUCGAUAAUUAGUUCAAUAAAGAAGAAAGGGAAAUUGAUGAGGCAGGAGGGUAUAUGUUACAGUCCUAGGAAAGGAGUUCCACCGACCCGAGAUCCAACAACAGGAAAAGCUGUACAAGAGCGGAACGCGUAUGCGCUGAAUGUUUGGCAUCGCGUACGAAUGAAGUUAGAAGGAUGCGAUCCUCAUCCAACAAGGAAGUAUACAACGGCUGAGCAAGUGGAAUACGUGAUACGCGAAGCUCAGAGUACUGAUAAUUUAGCCCUUUUGUAUGAGGGUUGGACACCAUGGGUCUGAACGAAAACGGAUUGACGCAAUCGCGUCGAUGGUUUAAUGCUCGUUACACACGGUACCCGAGUUCGUACCGUUCUUCGCUCCAUGCUCGACGGAGUUAGCUCUCUGUCCGACCAGGUGUGAAGUACACCUUCGUUGUCACCUGGAAGAGAAAGUUCAUGUCUGUAAGGAAGCCGUUUAAGUUCGGCAGCGCGCACUUGCAUACAGAGAAAUUCCAGCGCGAUUCACGAUCGAACUUCGAUUCUGGCACUGAUUCUAUGAUUAUCUCAAAAAUCUCGUUAACAACGCGUACUAUGCGAUCUACCAAGGUUUCUUCUUUCCUAUUUUCUGUCUACGUAACCUUUCCUACGUAACUGUUUUCCUUUUGAUCAAAAGUAGAUUAAUAUGCAAUAGUCGGAAAACGAAAAGGAACAGAACAGAAAGAAAAGCGCGCACUGCUUACUGCAAACAAAGUAACAAAAAAUCCUUUGACAAUUAAGUUAAAAGAUAAAAGGAAGAAAAUAUAAACCAACGUUAAGUAUGAUUGACUCAAGUCAGCCCUCUUAUUACAUAUAUUGCUUGUAUGUUUAAAUGUCAAUGUUAGAUUUGGGAAAAGCAUAGAAUCUGCCGCAUCUUUAAAAUGAUAAAAAAUAACGACAGAAUGAUUUGAUAAUGAUGCGGAGAAGCUCGAUAACGAAUAACGCGACGAUGGUGACACUGCCACAGACAUUCGUUCGAAAGAAGAGCCCUUUUUUUUUAGUGAUUACUAUUAUUUAUUUAUUUUAGUAAUCUCUAUUAUUUAUUUAUUUUAGUAAACGUACCAAUUUGGUUAAAUUUGUAAUUGUAAAUUAAUCUUGGAAGAAAGAAUGUGUUGCCAUUCGCGAAUGAUUAAACAUACAUUUGGAAAUUCAGCGGGACCAAGAACGAUAUGUCACUGUCGAAUCGCGUGCAAGAUAAACAAAAGUAUCGAGGUACAGAAUGAAAAACAAAGUGUAUGUUUCAUGUUUGUAUUCGCUACUCGAUAUUAAGGUAUCAUGAUCAGCACUCUUUUUUUUUUCCUAAAGUGGGAGUACAUGUUUUUCCGAAAUUUCAAUUGAUAAUUGCCCAAAUUAUACAAAUUUACAUAAAAUUUAUCGUAAGUAUUAUUUUUUGUUUGGUAGAAACUGUCAUAUUAAUUCUAUAAAUUUGUUUCACCAAAUAUUAUACAACAAUUAUAAUAAUCGGUCAACAUGCAAUAGUUUAAAAAAAAGGAAAUCUUGCGAAAAAUAUUACAGAUGCAAAUCAAAACUUGUUCCUUUUCAUAUUAAAUAUAAAUACGUGGUCAUUGAAAGCAUCAGUUAAUCAUAGCAUUUUCUCUUUUUUUUUUGAGAGGGGAAGGGGGAAGAAGGAAAGGUCAUAGUUUAUAACCAAUAAAGUUUACGAUAUAUAUAAAAAUUAUGAAAAAGAUGUAUUCCCUUCAGUUUAAUUACACUUUUGAGAAACAA